GCCCAUUCUAGUGUUUGCUUCAGAUCACAUACAACAUUAAAUUCUGGAUUUAUUCAUCAGUAUCGACAAUAAUAUAGAAAUAACAUAUUUGCAGGGAUAAUAAUUGAGAUCAUUGAAUACCAGUGAAAAUUUUUCCUGUGUUGAAUUAAGAAUCUGUUCAUCAAUGUACAGAUAGAAAUAAAAUUUCUUUGUUGUGGAAAUAAUAUUUGAACACCUACAUGGAGGAACCAAAUGAAGAGAAAUGCUCAGUAAAAUCAACUAGCUUGGAAGGAACAAGUUUUCCAGAAAUGUGUUCACCAGGCCAUGUGGACUUGUUUACUCAACCAGGACCUUCUAGAAGAUCUUUUGACCUACACUCAACCAUUGCAAACAGAUUUCUUCCACCUUUCUUGACAGGCAUACCAGGUUUGCAUCUACAUCAGUAUUUAAGCCAAGAGAAGAAGCCAUUCUUAUGUGGCGAGUGUGGCAGAGAAUUUGAAGAUUUGGGUACACUAAAGACACAUUUAUUAAAUCACACUGGCCAAAAGCAAUAUCCUUGUGGUGUGUGUGGAAAAAUUUUUGCUUUGCAAGGUAAUCUUAAGACACAUGAAUUGAUACACAGUGGAGAAAAACCGCACGUCUGUGGCGUAUGCGGCAAACGCUUUACCGUUCUUGGAAACUUAAAAACUCAUGAGAUGACACAUACUGGGGAGAAACCACACAUAUGUGGUGUGUGUGGUAAAGGUUUUUCAGCGCGUAGUAAUUUGAAAACUCACGUACUUAUUCAUACAGGUGAAAAGCCACACGGAUGUGGAGUAUGCGGAAAACGUUUCACAGUUGUUGGAAACCUGAAGACACAUGAACUUAUACACACAGGAGAGAAACCGUAUUCAUGUAACGUGUGCGGGAAAAGUUUUAAUGUUCGUGGAAAUUUAAAAACACAUGAAUUGACUCAUACGGGAGAAAAACCCCACACGUGUAAGAGCUGUGGAAAAUCUUUCACAGCUCUAAGUAACCUAAAAACGCAUCAAUUGAUGCACAGUGGAGAUAAACUUCAUGUAUGUGGUGUUUGUGGUACAGGUUUCACUUCAUUAGAAGGUUUCAAUCAUCACACCCUAAUUCACAUGCCACAAAAGCCAGAUGAACCUGAAAUAGAGAUAUUAACUUAAAACUUUAAUAUAUAAUGGCUGUGUCACUGUUUGGCUGCUCAGAGUAAGAUGCUUCUUCCAUUCUUUUUUGUGCUUUGCAAAUUUUCUGCAUUUUCAUGCUUUUUGCAAUGUAGUUUGAUAGCAAAUUGGCAUUAGGUAUAUUUGCCAAAAGACCUUUGCUUCCAGUGACAGAAUGAACAUGUGACCAUACAUCAUUGGUAGGUGAAAAUAAGGUGUCUCCAAAUGCAGCCUGAAAAUUGAACUAUGCAUGAUGUCAACUUUGAUCCUAAUGAUAAAGUAAUAUACAUUAAUUAUGGAGGCAGUAUGACCUCUGAAAUGUUGGUUAACAUCGACCAGACUACACAGC